AUGGCCAAUCUUCUCGUCCUCGCGGGGGCUCUGCUGGCCAUUUACCUGGUCGGAGGCGCCAUCAUCUCCCUCAAAUUUUCCCCAUUGUCCGGCAUUCCUGGUCCUUGGACUUGUGCAGUCAGCCGUAUUCCCUACUGGCGUGUUUUGGUUCGGGGCGAGGACGUGCCAUGGAUGAAAGAGCUACAUGACCGAUAUGGGCCUGUUGUCCGUUUUGGUCCUACGGAUGUGAGCUAUACCACUACCCAAGCAUGGAGUGAUAUCCAUGGUCCAAAGGUCACAGAGAAGGCGCAGGAAUUUUCUGUUCAGCCCAUCAAUGGCGUUCCAAGUAUGCUUACAGCCAAUACCGAAAACCAUACUCGUGUCCGUCGCCUAUUUUCUCCUGCUUUCUCAGAGCGUGCCUUGAAGCAACAAGAGCCCCUUUUCAGGAAAUAUGCCAGCCUUCUCAUACAUAAGAUCGCCGAGGUUGGCGAGGAGGGAAAGAAGCCUGUCGAGUUUACGCAGCUGCUGAACUUCACCACUUUUGAUGUUAUGGCUGAACUCUGCUUUGGAGAAAAUCUGAACCUUCUAGCUAAGAAUGAGUAUAGUCCCUGGGUCAGAUCCAUCUUUGAGUCUUUGAAGAUGUUGCCUAUUGCUUCCAUGAUCAACUACUAUCCCAUCCUGAAUGCUUUGUUCACUCGCUUUGAGCCCAAGUCUGUUACCCAACAGCGGGUAACGCACUGCAAGCACUCGGAGGAGAGAGUAAACCGCCGCCUCAAAGCCGGCUCUGAGAAUCCAGAUAUUUGGAACUUGGUCUUGUCAGCCGAUGAGGGCAAGGGUCUUACGCUUGAGGAAAUGCAUUCUAACUCCGAGCUGUUCAUGCUUGCUGGAUCAGAAACCACCGGUCAGUCCCCGCUCCCUGUCCACCCUUUCAGACCCGAACAAGCAGAUUCGAAGGAAAUAAAAGCUAAUACCAUCUUCGUAGCUACACUUCUGGGUGGCUGCCUUUACAAUUUACUCAUGAACCCUGACAAGAUGAAAACCCUGCGCAAGGAACUUGACGAUCGUAUCAAGACAGCAGACGAUAUCACAUUCGAACGUACCGCCGAAAUGAAAUACUUGAACGCCUGUCUGAAGGAAGCUUUACGCAUCUAUCCUCCGGUACCCAUUGGAAGCCCCAGGGUUGUCCCCAAAGGGGGCCAGCAAGUUAUGGGCAAAUGGAUUCCCGCAGAGACGCGUGUAUCCGUUCACCAUUGGUCAACAUAUCACUCCGAAGCGAACUUCAAGAAUGCCAACACCUAUGCGCCCGAAAGAUGGCUUAGAACGGAUCCCGUAUACCAAGGGGAUGCCCUGGAGGCGCAUCAGCCAUUUGGCUUCGGGUCCCGCAACUGUCUUGGGCAGAACAUGGCGAUGCAUGAGAUGAGACUCCUCUUAGCUACGAUUCUCUUCAGAUACGACCUGGAGCUGUCCGACGAGAGCCGUGACUGGUCUGCCCAGAAAGCCUUUGCUUUAUGGAUCAAGAAGCCACUGCUGAUUCGGGCGACGCCCAGACUGUAA